AAGGAAGACUUCAGGGAAAAGUGUAGGAGAUUUUCUUAUUACUGAUUUAUAGUUUUAAAAACCAAUUCCUCCCACUACAGGUAAGGGAAUUUACGGAACAUGCCUGACUACAACAGUUAUGCUCACGUUACCAGACUUAAAGCAUGUUGCACAGAAAAUACUUUUAUUCUACAGGAUUUUCUGAGAUUGCACAGUGGCAUAAGGGUUACCACUGUGGUCUCGCAUCUCCAGAGUCACGGGUUAGUUUCCUGCCUCCAGUCUGUGUGUGUGCAUGUUCUCCUUGUGCUUGGUGAGUUUCUCUGGCUACUCCGGUUUCCUCCCACAGUCCAAAAAAAUGCAGACAAGGUUAACUGGCCUCAACAAAUUUCCCAUAGUGUGUAAAUACUGUAAAUGGGUGAGCAUGUGUAUUCACAAAUUGCCCAUAGUGUGUAAAUAAAUGUGUGUGUGUAUGUGUAUGCGCCCUGCAAUGGAUUGCCAUCCUGUCCUGGGUGUACCCCACCUCAUGUAUGAAGUCUCCUGGGAUAGGCUCCAGGCCCCCCGCCACCCUGUAUACGAGAUAAAGUGGUAAAGACAAGAGGGUCCCAACAGGCCAAUUUAAUGCUCAGGAGCUGGAGUCCAUCAGUGUGGUGUGACAAUGAGUCAAUGACCCUGCGUAUGCAGGGAAGUCGAUUACCUGUUCUCUUGGUUGAGACAAGUAAAGAGAACCCAGUUCCAUUAUUGCGAAUACCUUCCCAUUGUGGUUUUUCUGUGAGGAGGGCCCGCAGAGACGUUUCACUAGUUGCCAAGUAUGACGGCUGUAAUGUUGUACAGCAGGGGGAUGCCUACAUCUUGCCAUUGUAUGUUUUGGGAGUUGUCGUGACGAUGGUCUGUCCUAUGGAUCGUCCCCUCACUAUGAUUUCCUGUAGCCCUUCUGCUAUGGUUGUCAAUCUUGGAAUGUCUCCAGAUGCUGUCAGGCUGAAGGUGAAUGGUAUAUGGGAACCGGUGUACCAAGCAUCCACCACCUGUGGGUUUAAGGCAGAAGUUGCGGGAGGUGGACUGACCCUAACAGCACCAUAUACAAGCACUUGCUGGCGGUUUGAGGGUACUGCGAGACAUUUGUCUGUACAAUACAUGGAUGGGGAGCUGACGUUGUCCUGCCCAGCUGUACAGAACAUCCCACCUAUCUCACCUCCUCAACAUGAUAAUAUGGGUUAUUCUUUUUAUGGUUAUGGUAUGCCACGGUAUGUCCAUCAUGGGCAGCCUGAAACUCUCUCAAACCCGCCCACGACUACAACCUCAACAACCACUACAAAAACCCAUACCCCCAAAGCUACCACAAUUGCACACAAUGGUGUUAAACAGCCGCUUUGGUCUCCUUGGUUAUCUGGAAGGUACGCUUUGCCAUGGUAUAUCCAUCCUGGGCAGCCUGGGACUCUCUUGAACCGCACCACAACUACAGCCUCAACAACCUCAGUUAAAACCCACACUACCCAAACUACAUUAGUUGCACAUGAUGGUGCGAACCAACAAUUUUGGAAUUCUUGGUUACCUGGAAGGUAUAACCCUUAUGCUAUCCCACGGUAUGUUCAUGGUCAGCCUGGAACUCCCUCAAAUGUCCCCACAACUACACCCUCAACAACCAUGACUAAAACCCCAGCUAACAGAGUUGUACCUACUGUUGCUAACCAACUUUGGUAUCCUUGGUUACAAGGAAUGUGUAAGUCUAGUGGUUAUGGUAUACCAUGGUAUUUCCAUCAGGAGCAACCUGCAGCUCCUAUGGGUGCACACACAGCAACCAUGACUACUACCUCAGCAACCACUGUUGCACCCACUAGUGCUUACCCACCGCUUUUGUAUCCUUGGUUACCAGGAAUAAAAAACCAUUAUACCCAUGUAGGUUCCAAUGGUGUUCCAGUUUCUGGUAGUGCAGUUAAACAUCAGUAUUCAGUCCCUUGGAUGAAUGCAUUGCAAGUCCCCAGUGGUUUGGGCUCUAAAGCAAAUGCCAGGCUCUUCAGUGGUUAACCCAUUUGCAGCUUUGAAUAAUCAGGAAGGUGUUCCCAAGAUCAAUCUCUAUAUAUUUUCUCCCUAUUUGCCAUCCAGCAAUUAGGGGAUAUGCUUUUAUUUAAUUUUUUUUGUCUGUUCAGGCCAGGUCUUUCCUGCAUAAUUUUUUCCAUAACAGGUUAAAUAACACUUGUAUUGAAGAAAAUCAUCUCCCUUUUCCAAUGAAAUAAAAAUGAAAGAACUGUA